AUGGACGCGACCACUUUCCCGCACCGCAUCCCCCCGGAGAUGCCCCAGUACGGACAGGCCAACCACAUCUUCGAGCUGAUGCAGAGCAUGCUGGAGCGGCUGCUGAUCCACCAGCCCGAAGACCCCAUCUCGUUCAUGAUUGAGCACCUGCAGCUUGACAACGAUGAUGUGCCCAAGAUUGUGAUAUUAGGCCCGCCCGCCUCGGGGAAGACCACCAUCGCCAUGUGGCUCUGCAAACAUCUGAACUGCAACCUGCUCAAUGUGGAGAACUUGAUGGGAAGAGAACUUUCCCAGUUGGCCUCAGAAGCCAGAAAGUACUACCGCAGAUUCCGGAAUCUCCCCAGCCAGCUGCUCGUCCGAAUGGUUCAGGAGCGUCUGGAAGAGGAGGACUGUGUCCGGAGGGGCUGGGUGCUGGACGGCAUUCCGGAGUCACGCGAGCAGGCUCUGAUGAUCCAGACACUGGGCAUUGCUCCCCGACAUGUCAUCGUGCUGAAUGCUCCAGACAUGGUCCUGAUCGAGAGAAACCUGGGGAAGAGAAUCGACCCUCAAACUGGAGAGAUUUACCACACCACCUUUGACUGGCCCCCCGAAACGGAGACCCAGGAUCGCCUAGUGAUCCCAGAGGGCAUCUCGGAGGUGGAGACGGCCCAGAAGCUGCUGGACUACCACAGGGGCAUCAUCAGGAUCCUCCCGUCAUACCCCAAGAUCCUGAAGACCAUCAGCGCUGACCAGCCGUGUGUGGACGUCUUCUGCCAGGCUCUGACCUACGUCCAAACCCACCAUCGAUCCAACGCCCCGUUCACCCCCAGGGUGCUGCUGUGCGGACCCGUGGGCAGCGGGAAGAGCCUGCAGGCCGCCCUCCUGGCCCAGAAGUACGGCCUCGCCAACAUCUGCUGCGGGCAGCUGCUGAAAGAGGCCGUGGCAGACAAGUCCAAGUUUGGCGAGCUCAUCCGGCCUUUCUUUGAAAAGGAGAUGGCAGUCCCCGACAGCAUCAUCAUGAAGAUGUUGACUCAGCGCCUGGAGCAGCAGGACAGCGUGCAGAAAGGCUGGGUGCUGCACGGCUUCCCGCGGGACCUGGACCAGGCGCAGAUGCUGGACAGCCUGGGCUACAGCCCCAACAGGGUGUUCUUCCUGAACGUGCCCUUGGACUCGGUCAUGGAGCGGCUGACGCUGAGGAGGACGGACCCUGUCACGGGAGACAGGUACCACCUCCUGUACAAGCCCCCACCCACGCAGGAGAUCCAGGAGCGCCUGUUGCAGAACCCCAGGGACCAAGAGGAGCGGGUCAAGUUCAAGAUGGACCUGUUCUACCGCAACUCGGCAGAGCUUGAGCAGUUCUACUCGCAGGCCAUCACCCUCAACGGCGACCAGGACCCUUACACCGUCUUCGAGUACAUUGAGAGUGGCAUCAUUAACCCCUUGCCCAAGAAAGGCCCUUGA